UGACGUUCCCCAGAAUCAUUGCGACUCAAACCACCAUCCACCUCCUAAUCGCCCAAAACCAGUCCACCAGUUCACCCUUCCCCUUCUACUAGACCAAUCCGCUGUCUAGUCCACAGUCUCUGUGCAAGCACCACACUAUACACCAUUUGCUCUUGCGCUGCCAGCACCCUGGUGCCACACCAUUCCAUCUGCAUCUUCAACCCGACAGACACUGACACCAUUUCGGCGCGCCGGCAGACUCAGACUGAACGGGAGCUCCGCUGGUUUGGUCGGCGGCCUCUUUGAACCUUGCCCAAGCACCAAAACACCACGUAUUGCUCUUCACGCAAUUUGAUACCCCAAUAAUUCCCACAACCACCAAACCCGCCAUCAUGUCUGUUGAGAUUGAUCCUCAGGAGCUCGCCUUCCAGCGUAUGUCAUUUCGCCAUCAUUUUGAGUGUCGCUAACUCAGGGCGCAGGGCCAUUCACGCAGGAGGUGUCGCAAACUCUCAAGAUCAGAAACCCAAAUCACACACCUAUUGCUUUCAAGGUACGCGGCUCUCUUGAUCUACUCGAGGCGCUCAAGCUGCUAACUACGAUGGAAUCUACAGGUCAAAACUACCGCCCCAAAGCAGUACGUCCUACUCGAUCCCGAGCAUCCCAGGUGCCGUCCGUUAACAAGGUAUCUAGGUACUGCGUCCGCCCCAACUCCGGCCGAGUCGAACCAGGAAAGGAGGUCGAGGUUACUGGUAUGUGCACAUAUAUGCGAAUUUUUGCAAGGAGAGUUAUUCGAGUACUGACGGGUUGCCCUGUAGUUCUUUUGCAGGCUAUGAAACAGGAACCGCCUCUUGAAGCAAAAUGUAGGGACAAGUUCUUGGUUCAAUCCGUCGCAAUCACCGCCGAUAAGGAAUUUGACGACACCGCAUCAAUCGUAGGAUUCUUUCUGCUUGCUUCUGGAAAAGUUACUGACUUUCCACUAGUGGCAACAUGUUGAUGCUGCUGAGAAAUCUUCCGUUCAAGAGAAGAAGAUCCGGGUUGUCUAUCUUGCCCCCGCAAGCCCAUCAGGAGGAGCAGUCACACCAAUGAGAAAUGGAGUCAAUGGAGAAUCUAAUGGUGCUGUAAGUUCCACUGUAGCUUCCUAUCUUCAGGUAGCUCUGUAGCCUGUAGCUCCUCAUCCUGACUAUUCACUAAACCACUUCCCUAUGCAGAAUGAGACAUCUUCGAUCGCACCACCACAAUAUGGCAAUGCUCGAUCACCAUCCCCAGAGGCAACAUACACACCCGAAACUUCUCGACGAUCUCUCGCUCCUUCAGUUGUUCCAACCUCUAAGCUUGAAGACGAGCCAAGCAACGCAAAAUCCCUCGGUGAUGCCAAAGCUUCGGCUUUCAACCCCGCCUCUGGCAAGUCUUCUGUAGGGGGAGCAGCCACUGUAGGCUCGACCGUUGCAGCAGCUGUACCACUCUCGUAUGACGAACUCAAGGCUCAAUUGGCGGAUGCAAAGGCUACAAUUUCCAGCUACGGAAACGAGGCGGGUCUGCGGAUGCGAAAGGUUGCUGCUGGUGAGACGUCAAAUGCGACAGUGAACGAUGUAGCACACCGAGUUCAGGCUUCACAAGGGGGGGUCCCACUACAAAUUGUUGCGGCACUUUGCUUGCUCAGUUUCUUGUUGGCUUAUGCCUUCUUUUAGAUAAUUUCCACUUCAGCCUGUUUCCGUUGGCUUUGCUUUUGUACUAUGCAUGCUGGUACUGCAGGUCAACUGGUGUAUUUCCGGGUGCUAAAUAGGGGUGUAAGAUGGGUGGUGUUUCUUUUGGGUGUGCGUGGGGGAAAAACGUAUGUAACACACAUCAACUCUCUUUCUUUUGUCUUCUUUCCGUCACAUAGUCCAUGGGGGUAUUCUACGAAUUUAUUCGAUAGGGUUUUCGCUUGUUUUUCCCCCUCUUGGAGCAAUGAGACGAGCAUGUGGAUAGCAAGAAGAAAUUGGCGGAGGAAGAAAGAGUGACCAAGAAUGAGAGGAGAAAUUCAGAUGGGGUAGAUCAAGGAAUAGUACAGUAGCAAGCGUUCCAUUAAUUAAUUUUUCACAAAUGCUCUACGGUUUUUUUCC